AACUACUGCAGAGAUAUAGAUUUAGUAAACCGUGGUUACAACUUUACAACACAAGCCUCGUUAUUAUAAGUAGGAGCUCUAUUUUAGUCUCAAUUUUAUCGUUCUCCGUGCUUUUAGCAUCUGCAACUAUUGUAAUGAUACAAAAAUAGGUUAUGCAGGGCCUAACACAAGCGAAGGUCAAACUCAAUAGGCCUACGUUUAAGCUACACCCGUAUGGUUGGUCUGGUCACUCUACGAGUUAAAUAAAAAUAAUAAAACACAUAAACAUUACAAUAAACACGAGCCUUUAAUCCGUGUCUUCAGUGACUAUUUUAUAACUACACAGUGAAUUAAUUUCACUGCACUGUGAAGUGUGGACACAGUUUUUCCACCAAGAAAGAUUAAAAGUUUAAUAUUUGUAAGCUUGUUGAUAUAGUUGGUACACAUCUCGUCCUUCUAAAGCACCGUGAUUAUGAUGAUCGGAGUCACAUCAUUCUUACUAACGCUGGGAUUCUUUGUGUGGACAUCAACUGGCGUGUCGGAUGUACUUUGGACACCGCGGAUCGUUGAUUACAAAGAGGACAUCGACAGACACAAACGGGAUGCGGACAGGAUAAUAGAUUAUCUGGUCACUGGCGCCGGGAAAGGUGUUGUUUACAACAACCUGGCAGAAAUGACAGAUACCUAUGGUUACAGAUUAUGCGGGACGCAGACCCUUGAAAAUGUCAUCGAUUACAUGGUGGAUAAGUUAAAAAAGGACGGCCUCGACAAUGUCCAUAAGGAACCAGUCAAUGUCACACGAUGGGUCCGUGGAAAUGAAUGGGCCAAGAUGUUAACUCCCAGAGUAAAACCAUUGUCCAUACUUGGCCUCGGUUUCAGUGUGGGUACACCAACAAGUGGAGUGACAGCUGAAGUCAUCGUGGUUCGGACAUUUGACGAACUUCGCGAUCGAGCACGCGAAGUCAAAGGAAAGAUCGUUGUUUACAAUCAAGUCUGGGAGAAUUAUGGCCAAAGUGUUGAAUACCGAAGUCAAGGAGGAAUAGAAGCAGCCAAAUUGGGGGCAGUUGCUGCUCUUGUACGGAGUGUAACACCAUUAUCCAUCAACAGCCCCCACACUGGACAGCAGUCUUCGGAUGACUGGGCAAAGAAGAUACCAACAGCCAGCAUCACAGUGGAAGAUGCUGAGCUGAUGUGGAGACUCUCAAGGAGAGGAAUCAACAUCACAGUCACACUCUACAUGGAGGCACAGAAUCUCAGCCCUGUGACGUCCUACAACACUGUGGCAGAAAUUAAAGGGAGCCAGUAUCCUGAACAGGUAGUACUUGUCAGUGGGCAUCUGGACAGUUGGGAUGUUGGUCAAGGAGCUAUGGAUGAUGGAGGAGGUGCAUUUAUAUCCUGGCAAGCUCUCUCUGUUGUCCGCAAACUUGGUCUUCGGCCAAAGCGUACGCUGAGAGUAGUCCUAUGGACAUGUGAGGAGGAAGGCAUUCAAGGAGGCCAGGAAUAUUUCAGAGUUCACCGCAAUGAAAGCACAAACAUGAACAUUGUAAUGGAGUCAGAUAUGGGUACAUUCACCCCUCAAGGGUUGCUGUUCACAGGCUCUGACCAGGCCAUGAAAAUCAUCAAAUACCUCGCUGCCACGCUGCUAAAAAGAGUGAAUGCCUCAAAUGUUGCCCCAGAUGCAGAUCUGACCGAUGUGUUUAACUGGCCAUCACUUGGUGUGCCAGGGGCAAGCCUCAAAACUGAUGAUGCUAGCUAUUUCUAUUACCACCACAGCCAGGGGGACACUAUGACAGUGCAGGAUCCAGAUGAAAUGGAUUUGUGCUCAGCAGUCUGGGCUGUGACAGCAUACACACUGGCAGAUUUAGAAAACAUGUUGCCAGCGAACAGAACCAUUUCUCUUAAAUAAAAUAGGAACAUUGAAAACGGAUUUUAUUGUGCAGUUAUUACAAUGUGCAUCAUUUGUUAUAUUUUUUUCAUAAUAAAUAUGAAAUAAAAAAUUAUACAACCAAACUAUGAUAAUCACAACUUACCAAUAAAGUAGGCCUACUCAACAUUUUAAAAUAGCAUUGUUCAGUCUCCAACAAAAAGAAAGUACAAAGACAAGAAACAAAUCUAUUUAUUUGGUUUAUUUACUAAUUACAUAGACAGAUUACAUAUUUUUUAAUGCCAUAAAGAAAGAAAACAUCAUCAUGAUAUCUGUCAAUAAAUAAUUCACGAGGAAGGAAAUGUCAACUGGUUAACAAAUGACAGGGCACACACUCUGAGAACUGAAGGAAAUCACUGAGGACAAGCAAACGUUCAGAAGAAAUGGGCCAGAGCUGAAAGUCAUGGCAAUCCACACAGGCUCCAGUUGGAAUAGUUAGCCCAGUGUGCAGUUGAAUAUUCAGGGCUUACAUAGGCUUCAAUAGCCACAUAAGGAGGCUCAGGAAAUGCAGUGCAUAGCCCUGGAUAACAGAAAUUGUUUACACAGGAAAAAAAACAUAUACAUAACAAAUUCUCUAAUGUGGAAUAACAUAGAGAAAUAAUGUAAUCUAACCUUUAAUGCUCUGUAUUUUGUGUGUGUGUUGCUGAAUGAGGUUAGUGGAAGUAAGCAAGACAAAAAUCACAAGACAAAGAAAAAAGACAAUAUGAAAACCAAAACAGACCAAUUCAACCAAAUCACAUCUUCUCAGUUUGUCUGGAUAAGCAGAUCCUUUUAUGCUGGAAAUUUUGAGUCUUCUGAUAAUAAAAGAUCACAUGGUUUAUAGCACUUCAAGCUAUAUUUUAAA